CACCAUUCCUCUGCUCUCCUUCUCCAUCCAGCGAUCUACUGAUCCACAUAUGCCUGAAAUCCAGCAAGCGCGGCGUAGCGUGCCGGCAUCCGUCCACCAACCAAUCGCCAGCCAUCCCAGCGCCUGCCACCUGCGCCCUCAUUUAUAUUCUUCCCCACCACCUCUCAGAUUGAUCCAUCCAUAGAUCCCUUUCCUCCCUGCCACUCUUUGACCCACCUCACUGGCUCACUCCACACUCCUGCCCCGGGCAGCGGCGAGGGAGUGUACAAGCACAGCACGCGUACAGUGGUGCUGGAAGGAAGGAAGGAAGGACGGGAAUGGAGGCUCCCUCGUCGUCCAUGUCCUCCACCAUCUUCGUCCUCCUAUUCCUGUUCGCCUCGUCGCUCCUCCUCGCGGCCAGGGGCGAGGACCCGUACCGCUUCUACACCUGGAACAUCACCUUCGGCGACAUCUACCCGCUCGGCGUCAAGCAGGAGGGGAUCCUGAUCAACGGCCAGUUCCCGGGCCCGCAGAUCGACGCCGUCACCAACGACAACAUCGUCAUCAACGUCUUCAACAACCUCCCCGCCCCCUUCCUCCUCUCCUGGCAAGGAAUUCAGCAGAGGAGGAGCUCAUGGCAAGAUGGUGUGUACGGCACGAACUGCCCGAUUCCUCCAGGGGGAAAUUUCACCUACAACAUGCAAUUCAAGGACCAAAUUGGGAGCUACUACUACUUCCCCUCUCUGGAAUUGCACAAGGCAGCCGGUGGGUAUGGUGGCAUCAGGGUCCUAAGCCGCCCGAGGAUUCCUGUCCCGUUCGAUCCCCCAGCUGGUGACUUCACCAUAUUGGCUGGCGACUGGUUCAAGCUCAAUCACACCGAUUUGAAAGGCAUUUUGGACAGUGGCAAUGACCUCCCCUUCCCUGAUGGGCUUCUUAUCAAUGGCCAAGGCUGGAACGGGAACAAAUUCACAGUAGACCAAGGGAAAACAUAUCGUUUUCGGGUAUCGAACGUGGGGAUCUCGACGUCCGUGAACAUAAGGAUCCAGGGCCAUUCCUUGCUCCUGGUUGAGGUUGAGGGGUCACAUACCAUGCAGAGCAAUUACUCGUCGCUAGAUGUCCAUCUUGGCCAGUCCUACUCGUUCCUCGUGAAGGCUGAUCAGGCACCCCAGGACUACACCAUCGUGGUCUCCACGCGCUUCGCCAACCCUGUGCUCACCAACACUGCCGUUCUCCAAUACAGCAACUCGAAUGGAGCCCGCGCCGCGUUGCCGCCUCCGCCCGAGCCUACGGUCGAGGUCGACUGGUCUAUGAAUCAGGCUAAAUCAAUCCGGUGGAAUCUGACGGCGAGUGGGCCGAGGCCGAACCCACAAGGAUCAUACCACUACGGGCUCGUGAACACGACGAGGACGAUGAGGCUGGCCAACUCGAGGGCCAACAUCAACGGGAAGCUGAGGUACGCGGUGAACAGCGUGUCCUUCAUCCCGGCCGACACCCCCCUCAAGGUGGCCGACUUCUACAACAUCCAGGGCGUGUUCACGCCGGGGAGCAUGCCGGACAACCCGACCGGCGGCGCCGCCUACCUCCAGACGGCCGUCAUGGCAUCCAACAUGCGGGACUACGUCGAGGUCGUCUUUGAGAACGCCGAGAACUCCGUGCAGUCGUGGCACAUCGACGGCUACGCAUUCUGGGUCGUCGGGAUGGAGGGAGGGCCGUGGACGCCGGCGAGCCGUCAGGCUUACAACCUUCGAGACGCCAUUGCUCGGUACACGCUGCAGGUGUAUCCAGGGUCGUGGACGGCGAUCUACAUGCCGCUGGACAACGUGGGGAUGUGGAACGUGAGAUCUGAGAGCUGGGGGAGGCAGUACCUGGGGCAGCAGUUCUACCUGCGGGUGUACUCGCCAGCCAACUCGUGGCGGGACGAGAACCCCAUCCCCAAGAACGCUCUCCUCUGCGGCCGGGCUUCCGGCCGCCGCACAAGGCCUCUCUGAGUCUGAGUGAGAACCAUCAGAUCAUAUACGGCACGCGACUGGCUGGAUCUGAGAAUCAGAUGGCAGCGCAACGCGCGAUGUCUACUACAGAAGGGUUUGAUGCUAUGCCUUUGUGCGGCAAGCGUCUUGCUUGCACGCAUCAUUCCAUUUGAUUGAUGAUAUAUUUGUAAGGAUGGUUAUAUAUAUGGCAUAGAUCAACCGGAGAUUCUUAAUCGGUUUCUUCUUUGAUA